GUCUGGUCUCUGAUCCAGCUGGCACGCAGAUACCUGCAGAAGGGCUACACCACGCUGCUGUCCCGCGAGGGCGACUUCUACUGCUCCUACUUCCUGUGGUUUGAGAACGAGAUGGGGUACAAACUCCAGAUCAUCGAGGUGCCUGUCCUGUCCGACGACUCGGCUCCCGUCGGCAUGCUGGGAGGAGACUACUACAGGAAGCUCCUGCGCUACUACAGCAAGGGCCACCCGGCUGAGGCUGUCAGGUGCCAUGAGCUGCUGACCCUCCACCUGUCGGUCAUCCCCACAGACGUGCUGGUGCAGCAGGCCGGACACAACGGGCUGGUGGCUGCAGCAUACCUGCAGAGACUGGGGGUGAACACGGCAGUCUUCGAGAGACGCCACGUGAUCGGGGGUGCAGCUGUCACAGAGGAAAUAAUCCCAGGGUUUAAGUUCUCCCGAGCAGCCUACCUCCUCAGCCUGCUACGACCGCAGAUUUACACUGAACUGGAGCUGAAGAAACACGGGCUGAGGCUUCAUCUUCGAAACCCCCACUCAUUCACACCUAUGCUGGAAGAGGGCACAGCGGGCAAGGUGCCCAGGUCCCUUCUGCUGGGCACAGACAUGGCAGAAAACCAGAAGCAGAUCACCCAGUUCUCACGGAAGGAUGCCCAGGCCUUUCCCAAAUAUGAGGCCUUCAUGAAUCGCUUGGCGUUAGCCAUUGACCCUCUGCUGGACGCAGCCCCGGUGGACAUGGAGGCCUUCCAGCGGGGCUCCCUGCUGCAGAGGCUCAAGUCGCUCUCCACCCUCAAGCCCCUGUUGCAGGCGGGUCGCAUCCUGGGAGCCCAGCUGCCCCAGUAUUACCAGGUCCUCACAGCUCCAGCUGUCAAGGUGCUGGAUCAGUGGUUUGAGUCUGAGCCUCUAAAAGCUACUCUAGCAACGGAUGCUGUGAUUGGAGCCAUGACAAGUCCCUACAUUCCGGGGAGUGGGUAUGUGUUACUCCAUCACGUGAUGGGGGGUCUGGAGGGGACGCGGGGGGCCUGGGGCUACGUCCAGGGUGGCAUAGGUGCCCUCUCUGACGCCAUCGCAAGCUCAGCCACCGCACACGGAGCAAGUAUCUUCACUGAAAAGGUGAACAGCCCCUCUACCCCACCCCAAUUUUUGGCAAGGAUCUUAGAAUAGAACAAAGUCUCGGAUUUGGAGGGUCCCUCAUUUUACAGGGCUAGCUCUCCCUGAUGGACAAGGCUGGGCUCAGAAUCGAGGAGCUUGGGCUCUGCAGCCUGUACUGCUGCGAACAAGGUCCCAGUUCUUCUGCCUACCCCCUUUGAAUUCACAGCCACUAUCCCACAUUUGGGCUGAGCCUUUGCAUUGGAGGGGUGGGCUAACGCCUCACCAGGAGCUGCAGAGAAUCGGGGCCGGGGUUGACGAGGCUGUGAGUGCCUAGGAGCAGCACGGACAGCAGAAAUCCCCCAAGGCUCAACCUGCAUUUCCCUGCCCGGGGACCCUGGGGGCUCCUUUCCGUGGCUUUAGACAGUGGCUAAGGUGCAGGUGAGCAGUGGCGGGCGCGUUCAAGGAGUCGCGCUGCAAGACGGCUCGGAGGUAAGGAGCAAA